AUUUGCAUUUCUCUUGAGCCUGCGCUUACCACAGCACGUAGGCAGCAGCCGGCGUCAGCCUGCCCAAACAGAGACAUGUGAGACCGUGUGUGUAGCGAGGGCGGGCAUACAAUCACUACAUUAGCGUGCAACCAUCCAGUCGGAAAGGCGGGAACAUAACAGGCUGUGAAGGAGAGCAUGGAUUCCUACCAUCUACCAGUAACGUCGUCAACGGAUCUUUCUAAUGAGACUUUUAUUAGUGUUUACAACACCAACAACAACAUCACCGAGGGAAUCCCACUGGAGAACCGGCUCAGGCAUCUAGCUUCUGCGACACUCUGUCUAGUGACAAUAGUUGGCUUCGUCCUAAAUCUGCUUAUCCUUAUCGUCAUACAAAAGAUCUUGGAAGACCGGAUGACCAUACCCAACGUUCUGGUACGAGCCUUGUCCGUUACGGACCUUCUGAACUGCUUCCUAAGUAUAACCAUCCCCAUCAUUGCUUACUCUUACCCCUAUAUCCUUCAUGCCCAACCGGUCUGUGACCUGUCCGCAACCUUCCUGUACGGCCUUAGCGUAGCUUCACAGUUCAUCGUUGCCGUCAUGAGCAUAGAGCGGUUUCUCGCAGUCAUCUACCCGUUCAAAUACCACAGCCAGGUCGGCCACAAUGUGAAGAAGGCAAGCUGUUUCGUACUAGGUCUGACGCUGUACUCAACCCUGGUGGCCCUCCUACCCGUCUUUGGUUUGAACAAGAACGUCAUCCACUAUCCAAACACUUGGUGUAUGUUUGACUUCCGCGACAGAAGCCCGGAAGGCAGGUUCGUUGUCUACCUGGGUUUCCUGAACAUCGUCGUUGCUUUAGUUGUUAUAGUGGUGGCGAACUCAGCCGUUGCCAUGCGAAUCAGACAGCCGAAGAAGAAAAUACGUCAGCAGUCGGUGAAGACAGUUUGUAGCAUCCAGAGCCAUGAAACAGAAUACAGUUGCAAGGAAUCGCACAUGCAGGUGCAGUUUACAAAGUUGACAGUGUCUGUAGCCGUUGGACUCACCAUAUGCUGGCUUCUAUUUGCUAUUCGGAUCCUAACCAAUCAGCUGGGAGUGUGGAUGGAUGACAAUAUAGACUUCAUCGCCGCUCGUCUGAUGACGUUCAACAGCGUCAUCAAUCCCCUCCUCUACAUCGCCAUCUGUAAACCUUACCGCAAGGGAUGCUGGGUCAUCCUCAGAAACAUCGUCCAUUACGUGACAUGUACUAGUGUGAAGAAGUUAGACAUGACACUUGCAGAGGCAGUAGCUUGAAAAAAGAAAUAAUUGAAUUUUUGCAACACGAAUUUUUCCUUUGAAAAGUUAAAG